AGAGGCGUCUGAACACCCGGCGGCUGCCGAGCGCCCAACCCGGCCCUGCGCCGGAGCCAACCCCGAGCUCCGCGGCCCCUCGCCCGUCAGGGCGGCCCUGCAUUCGUUGUCCCUGAGGCGGCGUGCCCCGUAUUCUGCGCUGCCCAGGCCGGCCGGCUCUGGCGUCUCCUGGCUCCCCUCGCUCGCCGUCCUCCUGCGCGCCUGAGUCACCGCCGCCGCCGCCGCCGCCAUGGCCGAGAGUGGUGAAAGCGGCGGCCCUCCGAACUCCCAGGACAGCGCCGCCGCGGCCGAAGGUGCCGGCGCCCCCGCGGCGUCUCCCUCCGCGGAGCCCAAGAUCAUGAAAGUCACAGUAAAGACCCCGAAGGAGAAGGAGGAGUUCGCUGUGCCCGAGAACAGCUCGGUCCAGCAGUUCAAGGAAGAAAUCUCAAAACGUUUCAAAUCACAUACCGACCAACUUGUGUUGAUAUUUGCUGGAAAAAUUUUAAAGGAUCAAGAUACUUUGAGUCAGCAUGGAAUUCAUGAUGGACUUACUGUUCACCUUGUCAUCAAAACGCAAAAUAGGCCUCAGGAUCAUUCAGCUCAGCACGCAAAUAACAGUGAAAGCAAUAUUACCACAUCAUCAGCUCCUAAUACUAACACCACACCUGGUUCUGCCACUAGCAACCCUUUUGGUUUAGGUGGCCUUGGAGGACUUGCAGGUCUGAGUAGCUUGGGUUUGAAUACUACCAACUUCUCUGAACUACAAAGCCAGAUGCAGCGGCAACUUAUGUCUAAUCCCGAAAUGAUGGUCCAGAUCAUGGAGAAUCCUUUUGUCCAGAGCAUGCUUUCAAAUCCUGACCUCAUGAGGCAGUUAAUUAUGGCCAAUCCGCAGAUGCAGCAGUUGAUACAGAGAAAUCCAGAAAUUAGUCAUAUGCUGAAUAAUCCAGAUAUUAUGAGACAAACAUUGGAACUUGCCAGGAAUCCAGCAAUGAUGCAGGAAAUGAUGAGAAACCAGGACCGAGCCUUGAGCAAUUUAGAAAGCAUCCCUGGGGGAUACAAUGCUUUACGGCGCAUGUACACUGAUAUUCAGGAACCAAUGCUGAGUGCUGCACAAGAACAGUUUGGUGGUAAUCCAUUUGCUUCGUUAGUGAGCAAUACAUCUUCAGGUGAAGGUAGUCAACCUUCCCGUACAGAAAACAGAGAUCCAUUACCCAAUCCAUGGGCUCCUCAGGCUUCCCAGAGUUCAUCAGCUUCCAGUGGUACCACCAGUGCUGUCGGGGGCACUGGUGGUGGUAAUGCCAGUGGUGCUGCUGGGCAGAGUUCUACUGCAUCAACUUUGGGUCCUGGAGUAGGAGCUAGCAUGUUCAAUACACCAGGAAUGCAGAGCUUAUUGCAACAAAUAACCGAAAACCCACAACUUAUGCAAAAUAUGUUGUCUGCCCCAUACAUGAGAAGCAUGAUGCAGUCACUAAGCCAGAACCCUGACCUUGCUGCACAGAUGAUGCUGAAUAAUCCCUUAUUUGCUGGAAAUCCUCAGCUUCAAGAACAAAUGAGACAACAGCUCCCAACUUUCCUUCAACAAAUGCAGAAUCCUGAUACGUUAUCGGCAAUGUCAAACCCUAGAGCAAUGCAGGCCUUGUUACAGAUUCAGCAGGGUUUACAGACCUUAGCGACAGAAGCCCCUGGCCUCAUCCCAGGGUUUACUCCUGGCCUGGGGACAUUAGGAAACACUGGAGGCUCUUCAGGAACUAACGGGUCUAGCUCUGCACCCAGUGAAAACUCAAGUCCCACUGCAGGAACCACCGAACCUGGACACCAGCAAUUUAUCCAACAAAUGCUACAGGCUCUUGCUGGAGUGAAUCCUCAGCUACAGAAUCCAGAAGUCAGAUUUCAGCAACAACUGGAACAGCUCAGUGCAAUGGGAUUUUUGAACCGUGAAGCGAACUUGCAAGCACUAAUAGCAACAGGAGGUGAUAUCAAUGCGGCUAUUGAAAGGUUACUGGGCUCCCAGCCAUCAUAGCAUUUCUGUAUCUUUAAAAAAUGUAAUUUAUUUUUGAUAACGGCUCUUAAAUCUUUAAAAUGCCCGCUUUAUUUCAUUUUGACUCUUGGAGUUCUGUGCUGUUAUAAACAAACCCAAUAUGAUGCAUUUUAAGGUGGAGUGCAGUAAGAUGUGUGGGUUUCUCUGUGUGUGUUUUUGUUUUGUUUUGUUUCAUUUUUCAAUUAACUGUGGGAAUCAAUGCUUUUUCAUUUAGGCUACUGCAUGCAUCAAACACUUCUGCAUUUAUUGUAAUUUUUAAAAAACACCACCUUUUAUAGUUGGGUGAACAGAUUUUUGUCCUGCAUCUGUCCAGUUUAUUUUCUUUUUAAACAUUAGCCUAUGGUAGUAAUUUAUGUAGAAUAAAAGCAUUAAAAAGAAGCAAAUCAUUUGCGCUCCAUAAUUUGUGGUAUAGUAUUGCUUAUUGUGACUUUGGCAUGUAUUUUUGCAAGCAAAAUGCUGUAAGAUUUAUACUACAGACAGUUUUUGCUUUAUUUGUAUACAAUACAGUAUGCACAUUUGGGAUUGCAUUUCUAGAAACAUACUGUGAUAGAUUAUCUGAGCAAAACACCUGUAACCAAAAAAGUAAGGAUGAGGAAACGCUUUAAAAAUGAGUUUUCCCUAAUUGUGUAGCAUCUUACAGCAUCUUUGAUAAACAUCUCUCUGCAAAAGUGCCAGUCCGGUUUGUUGAAGAUACAGUAGAAAAGCUGAUUCUGGUUAUCUCUUUAAGGACAUUUAAUUGUACAGACAACAUAAUGUAACAUUGUUUCAGCAUUCACAGAUUGACUGUAAAUUACCUUCAUCUUUGUGCAGACUGAAGGAGCACUGUAGUAUAACCCCAAAGCGCAUCUGCCUAGGACUUUGCAGCUUCUCCCAUAGGUAGUUUAACAGGUAUUAAAAUUUGUAAUUGAGAUUCAUGUUGCUUUCACUGAAAGUGUCUUGACGUUUCAGUUAUUUUAAUCGCCAUAUAAGAAUAGAACUAUCUUUUGGGUUUAUCAGUUUUCUCAUGCACAGGCAAUAUAUGAAUUUAAAAUGAUGUGUGAGCCACUUGUUUCUGAAGUGUUUUGGUAGUUCUAUUAAUAAAUAGUUAAAUAUUGUGCUUUUCGGAGCCUCAGAGAAGGGGAACUUGGGGGUGGGGUGGGGUGGGGUGGGUAUCUAUCCUGGAUUGGGCCAGCCUAAAGAAUACUGGCAACCAAGAUUCUGUUAGGAUUUCUGUGCAUCUAGUGUAGUAAAGAGGUAUCAUUCAGGGGUGAAAAACAGCCGUUUUAACAAUGUUGAGUAAGUACAUUUGGCUGUUUAACAGCCAUUUUCUUCCCUCCCCAAAGAAGUUUUGUUUGCCUAACUCUGAAACUGCUGGGGUCAUGCAUUCCUUUUAGGACCAAUUAAAACACAACUUUUUGGGUCAAUACCAUAUUUGGCUGACUGUGGUUCAGUAUUCCUUAGGUCAUUAUAUUCUCUCAUGUACAGUUACAGGAAAUAAAAAUGUUAAAUUAACCUAAAAUGAAUUCAGACAUAUAAAAUCAAGGGAAAUACAAGUCAAAUUCCAUUAUUUCUGUAAGUUGCUUGCUAUUUGAAAAAGGUCAAGAGGCCAGGUUACCCACCAGCCAGUGUAGUGUUCUGACACUUUACCCAGGAGGAAAAUGUGUAUGAAGGUCAAGGUAGAGGCAUAAAUAGAGGAAGUUGUUAUGGAUGUUACUCGUGUCUGUGCUCUCUCUGCCUUACGCCUCAGUCUGACUAAAAGCUCUUGUACUGGUGACCGGUCAUGUGCAGUGUGGGUAGUGUCAUAACUAAUUUGACAAUUUAUUAUUCACAAAAUAACAAUAAAUCUCUAGCUUUUACACUUGG